UAUAAUGCUUUUUAAAGUCGUCCCUGUCCAUACACACAUCCCGUUAUGACUGUUAAUAAUUCCUAUAAACAAACAAUAACCCACGAAAAUAUAAUACGUGGAUAUUUUUAACCAUUUGUUCAGUUUUCUCAUAUCUUCUCGAGCGGUUAUUCUCGGAUUUUUAUAUUUUCGAACUCAUCUGCAAAUAUUCAAUCAAACAGCAUGAUCGUUUCAGUGUUCGUUCUGUGGAUUUUGUUAAAAACCAGUGCUUGCGUCCCAUUGGAUAUCGAAUCUUCUCAAGAUUUACAAAAACACAGUGUUUUAGACUCGUUUUGUGAUACCACCAUGUGUCUGAGAAGGUGUUGUGCAGAAAAUGAAGCUCUCUAUAAAGAUACUUGUCGAAACAAGUCAUCAACAGAUACUCUUAAAAAUAUAGAAGAUAUUUUUCAUAUAAGUCUCGAAUUUUUCAGUGUUAUUAACUCGAAUAAUAUUUUUUGUGAAAGUAAUUCCCAUCCUUUACUGUUUCAUAUCGAAAAUGUUGAGCUUAUUCGAAACAUAAUAUAUAUUAAGGACGUUGAAAGUUGGAAGAACUAUAAAGAGUUUUGUGUAGAAGAAUCAAGAAGUGUUGAUUCUAGCAAUGUGUCUUUUGUUGUUCUUGGUUGUUUCGAAGAUGAAGCUGUAACUAAGCUGGUAGAUAAAACUGUGAGUAUGAUAAUAUCUAUGCCCUUUCUGCUGAUGACCUUCCUGGUAUAUCUGGUGCUUCCCGAAAAAAAUGUCCAUCAAGUAGCCUUGAUGUUCUAUGUCCUCCAUCUUCUAUUAGCUUACGUCUGUUUGGUCACUAUCAAUUUGUCACCUCAUUUAGAUUUCUGUCAUGCUGCAGCCUAUAUGACGCUCUUCUUUUUUGUGGUAUCUUUCUUUUGGAUGAAUGUAAUAUGCUUCGACAUUUGGUAUACUUUUAGUGGUGGUCGUGGAUACGGAAGCAAAAAGUCCUCAGAAAAACGCAAACUUAUUUUGUACACCCUGUACGCCGAAGGACUGCCCUUACUCCAUUUAUUGGUGGUCUACCUCAUGGACAGAUAUAUGGACACAGAUUCCAUACAUAAACCGAACAUAGGAGUAACAAAAUGUUUCCUAGCCGACGGAUUUCCUAAUCUGUGGUACUUCUAUGGUGAGGCUAGUAUUUCCGUCAUAGCCAACAUAGUAUUUUUCAUUUUUACCGCCCUGAAGAUACGGCAAGUGAAAAAAGAAACGUCCAUGCUAAAACAAAACGAGAGCAAGAGGCACACGUUUGAAAAAGAGCAACAAAGGCCACUAGUAAGUAUUUUUUACAGAUUCAACUUGUACCUGAAGUUGUUGCUGGCCAUGGGCGUCAACUGGAGCAUGGAAAUAAUUUCCUGGCUGGUCAACUGGCUGACCAACGAGCAGUACUCCUACAUUUGGUACAUCACCGACUUCGUUAACGCCGCCUAUGGCGUCAUUAUUUUCUUCAUAUUCGUGUUCAAGAAGAAAAUGUGGAAAUUGCUCCAGAAACGCUACUACAACCUUAUGGGAAAACCGCACCUUGCCAGGGCUGUCACUUCUACCACGGAUACUCGCACCAGCCAUUACUCUUCAACAAACUACUCAUCAGCUGACACCCAUCUUACAGACCGAACAACCAUCAACGACAGGACCAGUGCAAUUAAUCGAAAUAAUAGAAACGAAGAAAUACCUCUACAUCGAUCAUAAAUGUAUUUUUUUCUUUUUUUCUUUGAUGAUAUCAAUAAGUAUGACGCCAAACGGGUAUACAACCAGCAAUACACUUCGUCAUAACGAUUUGAGUUCAGAAACUUUCAUUCUAAAAUAUAGUCCUUAAGUAUUUUUCAUUUAAAGACUAUUUAAGUCUGUCCAAUGAGAGAAUCCCUGACAGUGACAGUUGUGUAUGUCACGUUAAUCACAGGCUUUCACAGGCAAAUUGUAUUUUCUGUCAUUUUUUGGAUGUCUAUCGAAAUCUUCCCAAAAGAUGAUUAAAUCAGAGAAUUACUUCCAAAGAUAUUUUGGGAAGAACCGAAAUUUACCGAUUUCGUUUUUAUUUUAUCCUAACUCUAUUGGAAAAGAUAUGGUAAUACAAGUAUCACAUCCCAUUGCCACUUUUCCUGGUCUAGUUGAGGUUUUCAAGUUUCCCAGCGUAUCGUUUGACAUGUACGCUUGCGCAGUGAAAUUCACUUGCGUUUACUGAUACGUAAUACGUAUCUUGGAGUGCCUUUAAAUUAUCUUACAUCAUAAUAAUGUCUCUGUUUUAAAAUAUUUUUUUAAUACUAAGAACUUUUAAGUUUUAAACUACUUCCUAUAA